CGGCCAUGCUGGUCAUGCUGGUGGUCGUGGUGUGCGGGGGCGCGCUGGCGCUGGUGGCCGCGCUGUACGCCUACCUGCGCCACAGCAUGGGCUACUGGCAGCGCCGCAAGGUCCCCGUCGUGCCGGCCGUCAUGCCGUGGGGCAACUUCGCCGACAGCAUCCUGGGCAGGAAGAGCCUGUUCCAGGUCGCCGACGACGUCUACCGCCGGCACCGCGACGAGCGCUACAUCGGCACGUACUUCUCCGCCACGCCGCUGCUCCACCUGCACGACCCGGAGAUCAUCCGCCAGGUCUUCACCAAGGAGUUCCAGGACUUCAACGGGCGCGGCAUGUACUCGGACCACGACUACGACCCUCUCACCGGGCACCUCUUCAUGCUGUCGGGGAAGCCCUGGAGGAACAUGCGCGUCAAGCUUAGCCCGACCUUCACGACGGGCAAGAUCAAGUACAUGUUCAACACCAUCAGCGAGUGCGCGGGCCACCUGCGCGAGCACGUGGACUCCUCCCUCAAGGCCGGAGGCGGUCUCUACCAGGAGGACGUGCGUGAGCUGGUGGCGCGCUUCACCACGGACAUCAUCUCCUCCGUCGCGUUCGGCAUCGAGUCCAACUCCAUGAAGAACCCCGAGUCCGAGUUCCGGCGCAUGGGCCAGCGCAUCUUCGACCCCUGCUUCGACGUCAACAUCCGCGCCCUCCUCACCUUCUUCGACAACACCAUCAUGAGGCUGUUCCGCAUCCGCGCCCUGCCCGACGACGUCAACAGCUUCUUCAUCAACAUCGUCGACGAGAUGGUGACGCACCGCGAGCGCAACGGCGUCGAGCGGGCGGACAUGCUCAACCUGCUCAUCAAGCUCAAGAACGAGGUCAUUUUAACACGUUCGGACUUCAACGGGCGCGGCGUGCACUCGGACCCGGAGAACGACCCGCUCUCCGGGCACCUCUUCAUGCUGUCCGGGCAGCCCUGGAGGAACAUGCGCGUCAAGCUCAGCCCGACCUUCACGACGGGCAAGAUCAAGUACAUGUUCAACACCAUCAGCGAGUGCGCGGGCUACCUGCGCGAGCACGUGGACACCUCCCUCAAGACCGGAGGCGGUCUCUACCAGGAGGACGUGCGCGAGCUGGUGGCGCGCUUCUCCACGGACAUCAUCUCCUCCGUGGCGUUCGGCAUCGAGACCAACUCCAUGAAGGACCCCGAGUCCGAGUUCCGGCGCAUGGGCCAGCGUAUCUUCGAGCCUUCCCUCGACGUGAACCUCCGCGCCCUGCUGGCCUUCUUCGGCGGCAACAUCAUGAAGCUGUUCCGCAUCCGCGGCAACCCCUACGACGUGCACGCCUUCUUCACCCGCAUCGUCGACGAGAUGGUGACGCACCGCGAGCGCAACGGCGUCGAGCGGGCGGACAUGCUCAACCUGCUCAUCAAGCUCAAGAACGAGGGCUUCGUGCCGCCGGACGCACACGGCGAGCACGCCGACAAGGGCAACGGGGCGACCAACGGGACUAACGGAGUCUCACAAGAGAGCCGGACGAAGCUCACUCAGAAGGAAAUCGCCGCCCAAGUCUUCGUUUUCUUUAUUGCGGGCUUCGAGACCACCUCCACCACCACCUCUUUUGCACUCUACGAGCUGGCCAAGCACCCCGACGUUCAAGAGAAGGUCCUCCAGGAAAUCGACGCCACCCUCAAGAAGUACAACGGCCAGGUGACAUACGAGGCCAUCAUGGAUAUGCCGUACAUGGAAAUGGUUAUUCAAGGUGAGAACAGUGUCUCCGCGUGGUGUGGUCAUAAUGACAUUUUUGCGGAUCACCCAUUGAGUACGUCAUCCUUCCGCCACGGAACUGGAAUGUUCAGCUUGUCCAAGCUCUCAUAGCGCCUUGUAUGUAGGCAACAUCUUGCCUGCGAUGCAUGUGUGUACUGCGGGACGGCCUACCCUGAGUCUCGCAGGCGCCUAGCCCCUCGACUUGGCCGAUUAAAUCUGAGAAAAAUGGACGUACUUUCUGCAUGAUCCCCCGUCUGAAGUUGCGGGUUAAGACGUUGAGACAGUGUGUUUUCACUGACAACAUUUAAAA